GGUGCCUUCCAAACCAUCACCUAACACUAACGCUUGGAGCGAAGGGCAAGGCGGUCACCUCAAGUGAACCUGUUUUCACUUGUCAUUUGUUGCGGCGGCUUGAAUUUAAAGUUUUGGAGUGUCCGAAAUCUGAGGCGUUCGGAUUCGGAAGCUUAAAUUCCCGUCGUCACUAAAAACGUGUGAGCUCGUUCUGCUGACUGCUGAGACGAGAAAACCGAGGCUAUUAGGAAGGAUGAGCAACAGGGCAGAAAAAAGAGAGAGGAAUGGCAAGCAGUAGUGCGGCAGUUAACCUGGAGGAUGUUCCGUCUGUGGAUCUCAUGACUGAGGUUCUCCGUCGCUUGAAAUGCUCCUCCAAAACUGACAAGCGUCUCAUUCUCAUUGGUCCACCUGGAUCAGGAAAAGGCACCCAAUCACCAAUAAUUAAAGAUGAGUACUGCUUGUGCCACCUAGCUACUGGUGAUAUGUUACGAGCAGCUGUGGCUGCUAAAACCCCUCUGGGCAUCAAGGCUAAAGAAGCUGUGGAUGCGGGACAACUUGUUUCUGAUGACUUAGUUGUUGGCAUUAUAGAUGAAGCAAUAAAGAAACCAUCCUGCCAGAAAGGUUUCAUUCUUGAUGGAUUUCCUAGAACUGUGGUCCAAGCAGAGAAGCUUGAUGAGAUGCUGGAGAAGAAGGGGGUUAAAAUUGAUAAAGUGCUGAAUUUUGCAAUUGAUGACGCAGUACUUGAGGAGCGUAUUACUGGUCGCUGGAUACACCCAUCCAGUGGCAGAACCUACCAUACAAAAUUUGCUCCUCCCAAGGUUCCUGGGGUUGAUGAUGUUACUGGUGAGCCUCUUAUUCAGCGCAAGGAUGAUACAGCAACUGUUCUCAAGUCGAGACUGGAGGCAUUUCACAAGCAAACUGAGCCGGUUAUUGAUUAUUAUUCAAAGAAGGGCGUUGUUGCUAAUCUCGCAGCUGAGAAAUCUCCCAAAGAAGUGACGGCAGAAGUGGGGAAGGUGCUAUCUUCAUAAGAGUUAGAUAGCUUCACCUCAAAAUGCAUUUGCUUUCCCCAUUGAUAAUCCAAGUUUCCCAAUUUGUAUUUUAAUAUUAUACUCUUCAAAUUCACCCACCCUUCCGCUCUAACUGGUUUGUUUCGUCAGAAACGUCGGCUUUAGUUUCCAACUCAUAGAGUUGAUGAGUUAAUGAAAUAAAAUUCAAUUGAGUAUUACUGUUA